AUGACACAAAGCGAUGGAGACGAAGAUAUGGAGGAGAACGUUAGAGAGACAAGUAGGAGGUGGGCAAUUCCUUCUCUCAUCAGCUAUCUUCCAUUCGACUACACUGCGGACAAGCAAUUCGCCAGCUGCCACAUCCCCGUCCCUCCUGUCGCGACCCCUCGCAACCGCGUUUUGAGAUCUAGGGUCACAAAGCCAACCACUUUGCGUGGAACUUGCAAGACUUGCAUCAAAAUCCACAUUCACUGCAUUCCUUCGGCAGACAAUGGCGCUUGUGAGAAGUGCGUGCAGAAAGGCGUCCCCUACGUCUUCCAACCCAGAGCAGCUUACGGAUCCUCCCCACCUGUAUUGGCCAGACAUCGCGCAUAUCAAGCUGAUCACAAAGCCGCUGGUGUUGGUCUCCGUAUUUUCUUGGAACCGACAAUGAUCGCAACGGGUCCCUUGCCAACUCUUCAAGUUAUUACUGACGAGAUUCUCCCAGCAUGCUCGGCCCAUACAGCUGGAGGUGCUACUGCAUCCUAUAGCCUAUUGUGUCGCCUCCCUGGAACAUCCUGUAUAUCUUCAGCCGAGCGUGUUUCCCACAAAUUACAAGAGGACUGGAAAGGAGAUCGCAAAAUCAAAAUUCCUUACGACCCUGACAACGAUUACCUCCCUAAUGAAAACGUGACCGAGGCAGAUGCUGCAGAAGAGAUUGCCAAGAUUACAAAGGAGGAGAAGGACAGCAAGAGAGAGUUUAACAAGACCUGCUAUGGUCUUUGCUCAUUUCAUCAGAGCCGACAAGAAGAACGCACUCUUUAUUGCUAUACAGAGUACGAAAAUGAGAGCACUGCCAACGCCUCCUACGUUCCCUCAACUCGUUACCGCUACAUUCUCCCGGCACCUCCAUCGAUCAGCACUACCCCAGCUGCAUCAUCAGCCGCCGGCCCCGUCUUCACUCCCGCCUCCUCCUCUACUACCGCUCGCCCCUUAACUGCUUCAUCGGCUGUUGCUGCUCCUGCUGUCCCAACUGUUGUCUGCGCCAAGUGCCGUCGCCAGCACAAGAAGAGCUCAAGAUUGACCGGAGACACCACGCCCCUUAACACGUACAUCAGCUUCGUGACGAAUGUCAACAUCAAACCCCCUCAAGCCGGUAUCACGAAGAACGUCCUAGUUUACUGGGAUCGUGGUGACCUUACCAGAGGCGAUGAGGCUAAGAUGGUGGAGAUGGGUAUCAACUUGUAA